AGUUGACUACUUGAGUAUUUUUGCAUUUUAUUGCUUAGCAACGUAUUACUUCUAAUCUCAAUUUAAGUGUUUGCCUAAUGCAGUUCUUAUCUUGAACAGCCAGGCUCCCUGAACACAGAUAAUGCUUUUCAGCCUUUGACCUUUCAGAGUAGUUUUCUUGCUUGCUUUGGCUUCUUUCAAACCUAACACUGAUGCAAAAGCUGAGAUCUCAUAGGAAGACCUAUGAGCAAAGUACUAGGAACUCUUGAAGAAGGAGUAGCAUCUCACUUGCGGCUAACCCAGCUGGGGACGCUGAGGAGGCAGAAGACACAGACGAGAGGCAGAUCUCGGCAAAAUGGAGCUUGAGGGUGAUAUACCCAAGGAUCACAGAAGAUAUUCGGAGCAGAUGUCUUUACAACCAGGAGAGUAUGUGAAGAAAAAAACCGUCUUUAAAUACAAAGUCGUCUGUGCUGUUCUACUGUGUGCUUUGGUGGCUGUAUCCCUGGGACUAGGUUUAGGACUAGGACUCAAGAAGGAGCAAGUCAGCUGCAGACACAAGUGCAAUGAGCCACACAGGAACGGCGUGUCCGGCUGCCAGUGUGACAGCGGCUGCAAGGAGCGUCAGGAUUGCUGCUGGGACUAUGAGGACACCUGUGUGGAGCCGACCCGAUCUUGGAAGUGCACUAAUUUCCGUUGUGGUGAGACAAGAAUACCUGGAAGUUACUGUUCUUGUUCUGAUGACUGCUUGCAGAAAAAAGACUGCUGUGUAAAUUACUACAGUGUUUGCAGAGGUGAAAUAUCUUGGGUAGAAGAACCAUGUGUGCCAAUUGAAACUCCUCAGUGCCCAGUAGGAUUUACUCGCCCACCACUUAUCCUUUUUUCAAUGGAUGGGUUUAGAGCAGAAUAUUUGCAAACUUGGAGUUCCUUGCUGCCAAAUAUUGAAAAACUCAAAACAUGUGGCACACAUUCAAAAUACAUGAGAGCUGUUUACCCCACAAAAACCUUUCCAAACCACUAUACUAUUGUCACAGGAUUGUAUCCAGAAUCUCAUGGUAUCAUUGAUAACAACAUGUAUGAUGUACACUUGAAUGCGCAUUUCUCACUUUCAGGGGAGGAAAAAUUCAAACCUGCAUGGUGGAAAGGGCAACCAGUCUGGCUGACAGCAAUGUACCAAAAUUUGACAGCAGGCACCUUCUUCUGGCCAGGCUCUGAUGUUCCAAUUGAGGGAACAUACCCCACCUUGUACACCAUAUACAAUGGUUCGGUUCCAUAUGAAAAGAGAAUUUCAGGAAUACUGAAAUGGCUUGAUAAUGCCCAACCUGAGAGGCCUCAUUUAUACACUUUAUAUAUUGAAGAACCAGAUUCUUCUGGACAUUCAUUUGGACCAGUUAGUGCUGGUGUAAUCAAAGCCUUACAGGCAGCAGAUCAAGCACUGGGGAUGCUCAUGGACGGACUUAAACAAAGAAACCUGCACAAGUGUGUAAACCUCAUUGUUUUAGCUGAUCAUGGGAUGGAGAAGACCUACUGCAAGCAGUUAGAGUAUAUGACCAAUUACUUCAAAACGGUGGAUUUCUACAUGUAUGCUGGGCCUGCAGCUCGCAUUCGAGCACGUAAUGUUCCAAAGGACUAUUUUACCUUUGACUCAGAAGGAAUCGUUAAAAACCUCACAUGCAGAAGAUCCCCUCAGCACUUCAAGCCCUAUCUGACUCCUGACCUGCCCAAACGGUUCCACUAUGCUAACAACAUUCGUAUUGAUAAAGUUCAUCUUUUGGUGGAUCGACAAUGGCUGGCUGUGAGGGAUGCAAGUUACACAUAUUGUGAUGGAGGUAACCAUGGCUAUGACAACGAAUUUAAAAGUAUGGAGGCUAUAUUCUUAGCAUAUGGCCCAAGCUUUAAAGAGAAAACAGAAGUGGAUGCUUUUGAAAACAUUGAGGUUUACAACCUUAUGUGUGAUUUGUUGCAGAUAGUACCAGCACAAAACAAUGGAACACAUGGCAGCUUGAAUCACCUCUUAAAGAAACCUUUUUACAAUCCUUCACAUCCAAGGGAAGUCUCAUCUCCCUAUUCAUGUCCAGUUUCCAAUCUGGCUCCUGCAGAUGACCUGGGAUGCAAUUGCACACAAAUCUCAAAUGCGUCACAAGAAGUACUGCUAAACAAGAGGUUAAAUCUCACCGCAGAAGAAAUUAACAAGGCAAGCUCAUCUCAUUUGCCAUAUGGGAGACCCAAAGUUCUUCAGAAGGAAAAUGUCUACUGCCUCCUUUCCCAUCGUCAGUAUGUGAGUGGAUACAGCUAUGAUAUCUGGAUGCCGCUGUGGACUGCCUACACUGUGGAUAAGCCUGAAAACACAUCUCCUCUUCCUCCCACCGUUUCAGACUGUCUGCGGCCUGAUGUUAGAAUCCCUGUUGCUUGGAGCCAAAAUUGUUCUGACUACCCAGAAGGGCUGACCCUGACCCACAGUUUCCUCUAUCCUCCCAACUACAAUUCAUCUGAUCUUGAACAGUAUGAUGCCUUACUCACCAGCAAUAUUGUUCCCAUGUAUAAAGCUUUCAAAGACAUAUGGGACUAUUUCCAUAAUGUGCUUCUUCAGAAGUAUGCUAGAGAAAGGAAUGGGGUAAAUGUUAUAAGUGGACCAGUGUUCGAUUACAAUUAUGAUGGCCAUUUUGACAGCCCUGAUGAAAUUAAGCAGUAUAUAAACAAUACAAAAAUCCCUGUCCCAACCCAUUACUAUGUGGUUCUGACAAGCUGCAAGAAUACAUCCUAUACUCCACUGAACUGUUCAGGGUCCUUGGAUGCUUUGUCUUUUAUCAUUCCUCAUCGACCUGACAACACUGAAAGCUGUGCUGAAAAUAAGACACUUUCUGAAUGGGUUGAAGAAAGAGUUCAGGCUCAUUCUGCACGUGUUCGGGAUGUGGAGUUGCUAACUGGGCUUGACUUUUACCAGGAAAGAAAUGAACCCAUCUCCGAGAUCUUACGGCUAAAGACAUUUUUGCCAAUAUUUGAGACUGAAAGCAACUGAUUAUCUUUGAAAAAAGUGUCACUGCUUGGAAGAAAGAAAAUUUAAAUGAUUUCAGUUUUUCCCUUGCUAAAGUAUUUUUCAAAUUUGUGUUUUUCAGUCAAGUGUUUUUUGCCAAUAAAAUUUGAAUAAUAACUAUGCAUAAAAUUAUCUAAAGUGAAUUAAAUCGUCGUUGCUGAGCCAGGCUUUCAAAAUACAGAAUAUAUAUUUAUUAUGCAAAAACU